AUCGCCGAACUCGCUUAGGCAGGUUCUGGCUGGUAGUAUGCCUCACUCCCUCCUAUCAUCUUGCAUGUAUCUACCUGUGAUGGCUUCCCCGGGAGCGAUGAGCGUUUCUCUAAAACCCUGAUGCUCACCAAUGCUCGCUGCAUCCUGGGCAUUUUGUAUAAUCUUUUCGCUGCCAGGUGCCAGCGAACAUUGAUGCUCACUGCAUCCUAGCUAGACACUGUGUAUCUGUCAAUUCCUCUUAAAUUACUGGAAAAAAAAGAUGGAUAACACCUACUAUACUCCAGCGGUUUGAUUACUGAACCAGAAGACAAAAAGCUGUAACCAAGCUUAAACUACUCCACGCGCUUAGCAGCAUGUGCAAGGCACUUCACAUGACUCCACGCACUUUCCGGCAGCGGUUUGCACUGGGGCGGCACAUUCACCGAAACUACGUACCCACACACUCUGCUAACUACUCCCUCUUUCCAUAAUGUUUUUUGACACUAAUGUAGUGUCGAAAAAUGUCUUAUAUUAAGUAACGGAGGAAGUAAAUUAAUACCCAUACUAACACAAGUGCAUAUAGAGCUGCCUUGGUAUGGGUAUGCAUUUCUGAUAAGUGUGGAGUUUUUCUCUUAGUUGCAAGCUUUAUUCUCUUGGUUGUCUAGUUGCUGAUGCCUGAAUGUUAUAGUAGGACAUCUGGGGGCUGGAUGGAAUCUGAAGAAUACUUGAUCUGUUUUAUUGGUUUCCUUUCAUGCAAUGAAAUGAAAUCGGGGGCAUGCCCCUCAAUUCAAAAAAUAUAUAUAUAUAGAGCUGCCUUAGCACACCAAGCAUACAGCUGUUAAGUAUUGAUCCAAACAAAAAAUAUAUAUACAAGUCAUAGAGAUGCGUACGGCUCUUCAGUAAAAAAAUGAACACACACAAGGACUGAGCAUAGAGUUGCUGUCUUGAUGCAAUUACCAAGGUCCGAUCCAGCACCCAAACUUCAGCAAGCAAGAUCCCAUCACGCACCUCGCCCUCGUCUGCCUACCAGUCUUCCUCCCAGCACCUUCAACCCAACACCUACGUAUUGAGAGGCGGCGGCCAUGGCGACCCUCGGUGGCAUGCUGGCCGCUGCCAUCCUCAAGGUGGUGGGCGACCAGAUUGGUUCUCCGAUCGGGGGUCAGAUCGCGCUGCAGAUGAACUUGAACAACGACCUGAAGAAGAUGAAGAUGGCGCUGGAGAGUGUCGAUGCCGUGCUCGAAGAUGCCGAGAGGCGGUCCAUCACGGAUAAAUCGACACGUCUUUGGCUGAAGCGGCUCAAGGACUUCAUGUAUGUCAUCUCGGACAUGAUUGAUGAGUUCGAAGCAGACACACAAGCCAUCACCCAGCCAUCUGUGCGCAAGUUCUCCUUCAAAAAAUAUUUGGCGUUCAUGAUCCCUUGUCUCACAAUUGGCCCCAACAUUACAAUGGCCAAUAGGAUGAAGAACAUGAGGGAUGACCUGAAGGUCAUAACAGAUCAACACAAGGAAUUCAAGUUAACAGAUCGCACUAAUGCCAAUGAGCCAAAGGUGACUGAUAUAAGGGAAACAUCAUCAACCCUGGAGACACAAAUCAUUGGGAGGACUGAGGAGAGAGAUAUAAUAUUGGCUUCUUUAUCUGAGAGCAUGACAAAGGAUAUCACAAUCCUUCCUAUAUAUGGCAUUGGAGGCCUUGGCAAGACAACCAUGGCAAAAAUGGUUUACAAUAGUUCCCAAUUCAAUGAAUACUCUCAAGUGUGGGUUUACGUGUCUCAGACAUUUGAUUUGAUCAAAAUUGGGAACUCUAUAAUAUCACAGCUAUCAGAGAAAGAUAAAGAGAGUGGGUACACUGGAAAGCAGAUGAUCCGUAAUUCCCUUGAAAAGCUCCUUGCCAACAAGAAGAUUCUGAUUGUUUUAGAUGACCUGUGGGAAGACGACAUAUCUCAGUUGGAAGAACUGAAAGAUAUGUUAAAAGUUGGGGAGAGCAAUAAGGUGGUUGUUAUAGCAACCACACGGAGUGAAGGUAUUGCAAAGAAGAUGUCUACCAUCCAACCAUAUAAAUUAGCACCCUUGACUGAUGAUAUGUGUUGGUCUAUUAUAAAGCAAAAGAGUGCAUUUGAAUCUAGAGGUGACAAAGAACAAUUGGUGGAAAUAGGCAAGGUCAUUGCAAUGAAGUGUGCGGGUGUGGCUUUAGCAGCUAAAUCACUUGGACACACGCUGCAAUCUAUGAAGUCUGGUCAAUGGGAAUCAGUGAGAGAUAGUAAUAUCUGGACUGCACCUUCUUUGGAAGAUACAUCUUCUACACAAGUUCUUGCAUCUCUGAAGUUGAGCUAUAGUGUUUUGCCUUCGUAUCUGAAGCUAUGCUUUGCCUAUUGUGCAAUAUUUCCAAAAGGUCACAAGAUACUUAAAGAUGAUCUUGUUCGUCAGUGGGUUUCUCUUGGUUUCUCUUCCUGGGAACUCGGCGAGAGAUACAUUAGUCAGCUUUUGGGCCUUUCUUUUCUUGACCACUUCAAGUCGUCAUCGGUGAGUUUGUUCAUACCUUUUACAAUUUGUUUUGAUUAUUCUGUUGGAACUGGUGUAAGGUUACUCAAGUAUAGUUGUGAAGCACACAAGCUGACAGAUAUUGACAUUAAAAUACAAUUCUAAAAUUGCCAAGAAUGAUUUGGAGUACAUCAC